AAAAAGGCAAGAAAUGUAAGUCCGCCGUAACCCACAUGAAAACCCAUUUAAAUGUUUGUCAAAUCAGUUCAGGCAGAGAGCGGAGCAGCAGGGAGGAGCGUCGGCAUGCGAGUGUGUGAGGCGCACACACACAUGCACACUGGCAGCUGAACGGCUUCACUGCUGCGUCUGAAACCACUUUCACAUUUUAUGAGUGCAGAGAGGAGGAAAGAAGAAUUCCCGACGAGAAGCGAUGCAGGAUUGUGUUUAAGGUUCAGACAGAGCUGGAAACUGUCACAAGAAUCGUGUUGCUGCUAGAAAUAGAAAGGACACAUUCCACAGAGACAAACAAGCUCUCUAACUUUUUGCUCAGCGUCGCCCACAGCUGAAGGACAAUAAUGGACCUUCCAGUGACUCUUGGCGUACUUCUAACUCUCUGCUCCCUCAUGGUGGUCGUCCUUCCAUGUCCAGAUGGAUGCCUUUGUUUGGGUCAUGAAGUCCAGUGCAGAGACCUCUCUGACUUCCCCAAAUCUUUCAAUGCUUCUAUCACCAUGCUUAGAAUAUCUGCAGGCACUUUUGACUCUUUGAAACCAGAGGACUUCACUAAUUUCUCACAUGCUCUUCGCCAGCUCAUUAUUGCUCAAGGUGCUUUGAAGGAAGUGCACCCUGGAACGUUUAAUUCCACUCCUGACCUGGUUCAGUUGAUGAUUUCUGGCACAGCAUUGGAAGAUCUUCCUGAGGCGGUGUUCCAACAUCUUCAGAAACUGGAUUUGCUGAAUCUAGCAUCAAAUAAACUUGUGGCAGUCCGGCCUCAGUGGUUCUCUCAGUUGGAGAACCUGAAAUCCCUCGACCUCAGUAAGAACCGCAUCACAUCUGUACCUGUAAACUCUUUCCAUUCUCUAUCAAACCUGCACAGCCUUUCACUUUCUACCAACAACAUCACUUCUCUGUUUAGAGAUACGUUUAAGGGCCUUUCUAAGCUCCAAAUCCUGCGCCUCAACAAAAACUUGUUAAGGGAGCUUGUAACUGGAAUUUUUGACGAUCUUGUACAUGUGAAAGAACUUUCCCUACAUGACAACAGACUCGUUCACCUUCACCGUGACUUGUUCUCCAAAACUUUGGAACUUCAAAAGCUGUUUCUGUCCAACAACCAGCUGACAUUCCUUUUACGAGGGAUCUUUUUAAAUUUACCCCUUCUUUCCCAAAUCUCCUUAUACAAAAACCAGCUGAUGAGUCUGGACCCUGGGGUGUUUGGGCCCAUGCCUCUGAAAGAGCUGUGGUUGUAUGACAACAUGUUGAGCCGCUUGGAGGACAACACGUUCAGGAACCUGACGCAGUUAAAGCUACUGGUACUGAGUCGCAAUCGGAUCAGUUACGUGUCAGCAGGUGCAUUUAGAGGAUUGACGCAGUUAGGAGAAGUAUCCCUGCACACCAACCUGCUCACAACCAUCGAGCCUGGGACUUUCCAAGACUUACCUCAUCUGGUCAACAUUUCCUUGGAGCACAAUUUCAUCAAGUCUCUUCCUUUGGGUUUCCUGCAGGGUGUGAGUAACUUGGAACAGAUCGAUCUACAUAAUAAUUCACUCCCUAAUUUGCCACAGGAGUCUCUUGCUGCUCUCUCAGUUGCUCGAGAGAUUCUUCUCCAGCAGAAUCCGUGGAGGUGCGACAGGGAUAUCCUUCCUCUUAGAGACUGGCUCAUACUCAACCCAUCAAAAGUCAACCAAACCACCAUUGUUUGUGAGGCGCCCCUCAGUCUGUAUGGUGAGAAGAUUGCCAUGCUGACGGACGAGGAUUUGUUCACCCACAAUCCCACUGAACAGUCUGUGCUGACCUCAACUGAGAAGAGGAAGAGACCCAACACACCUCGUCCCAAACGGAGCACUCCGUCCCCUGCCAUCAAAACCACGCCCAGCUUAGACACAGAGGAUGCCACCAGCAGUGGACAAGAGGAGGAUGGAGCAAGCUGCAACAACACUGCAGUCAUUUUAAUAGUCACUGCAGUUGUGUCCACUUUGGUCAUUAGCACUUUCAUCGUCAGCUGUGUGUGCUGGAGGAGGAAGAGGAGGGGCAAGGGGGAAAUAGGUCGCCAAAAUAAAAACUCUGUGCUGAUUGGAGUAACAGGACAGCUGGAGUCUACCACCCAGCUGGGGAACGAUUUCAAUGCUCACACUUUAUAUAAGCUAUCCCUUAAUACAAGAAUAACAUCAAAACAUGACAGAAAACGCUGCUCAAAAUUCAACUGUAUCAAAGUCGUGUGUGACGCAGGAAGUUGCAGACACUGCCGUCCCUUCUCUUAUCUUAAGUUACAGAUGCAGGUUACACCCUGCUUCACACGAGAUACAACACACGGAGGAGCAGUCAAUUCUACAAGACGACUGACAAAAGUCUGCAUGUUUGGGGGAUCCUUCUUGGUUCAGUUGUUGGGAGUAAGAAUGCCAAGUAUGAGGAUCAUCGUUCUUUUUGUGUCUUUACAUCUGGGAUUUUCACAGGAUGAAAAAAUUGAUCCAAUUCCAGAUUACCAGUUUGUUUUUGGUAAAUCUACAACAGAAAUCCCGCGGACUCUAAGACCUGGAGUGACGGAGGUGUUUUUUGUGGACAGCCAGAUAAAAACCAUCCCCAAGUCUUCUUUUGUUGAAAACCCCCAGCUUGAGAAGGUAGAGUUCAUGAACACUAACACCACAUCCGUGGAGCUGGGAGCUUUUGAAGGUCUGGUGAACCUCAUAAGUAUUGAGAUCUCCAACAAUCCCUUAAGUUCACUUCCAGUGGGUGUUUUUGCUGAUGUCAGCAAUCUAGAGACCCUAAUUCUAAAGUUCAACAAGCUCCGUGGACUCCACAAUGGUUUGUUUGAUGGUCUUAAGAAACUUAAAGACCUCCAGCUUCACGAAAACGAGAUUGGAGUCAUUGAGGACCAGGCGUUUCAGGGUCUUGACAACCUGGAGAAGCUCAGUUUGGCUAAGAACAACCUUACAUCUGUGUCGACCUACUGGUUUUCCGACCUGAAGAAACUGAAGGUUCUACGAGUUUACGAUAAUCAGCUGACCACCAUUCCGGAAGAUCUUUUGAAGAACUUCCCCAAUUUGGAAGAAGUUGGGUUACAAGGAAAUCAGAUUACUUCACUGCCUCCAAAACUAUUUCCAUACAAACAAAAGCUAACUAAACUGUUUCUGGACAGUAAUCUUCUGACUAGUUUACCUGAAGGAUAUUUUUUGGACUUCCCGAAGCUUAAAGUUUUGACCCUGAAUAAGAACAAACUAAUCAGUCUGCCGUCAGUUCUUUUUGGAGAAAUGCCUAAACUGACAGAGUUAAGCCUCCAACUCAACAAUCUCAGCACCCUUCCUACAGGAAUAUUCAGCCCUUUGAAGAAAAUAAAAAAACUAGAUCUCUCUAAGAACCGUUUUACCACCUUGUCUGCUGAUUACUUCCACGGCCCAGAGAAGCUUGUCGACUUGAAUCUGCAGCACAACCAAAUAAAAAGCUUAGACGCACACUUGUUUGAAGACCUAAAAUCACUGACGGCCCUCAAACUGUCCAACAACAACCUCCAAACCCUUCCAGGAAAUAUUUUUGAACCGCUAGUAAAACUCAGCAAGCUUGACCUGAGUAACAACCCCUGGCGCUGCGACUGUAACCUGAGAGAUCUUCACGAGUGGAUCAGAAAGAACUCUGGGAAGCUCAAGCCUGCGGUGGUGUGCGAAUAUCCAGAACUUCUGAAAGGACAGGAAAUCAAAUCACUGGAGGAAGAUCAACUUAUUUGCCCAACCUUUCCACCCACAACUCAACUUAUCAGAACCACACCACCGACAACCACAAUGAGCACAGCAGUGACCACAACACAGGUCAUUCCAACAACCACCGUUACAACACCCACUACAACCAGUGUGACUACAACAGCACCCACUACAACAAUUGAACCCACUACUACUGUGACUACAACAACACCACCAACUACUACUGUGGCUACAACAGCGCCCACUACAACAACACCACCCACAACUACUGUGGCUACAACAGCACCCACUACAACAACACCACCCACAACUACUGUGGCUACAACAGCACCCACUACAACAACUCCACCCACAACUACUGUGGCUACAACAGCACCCACUACAACUGCGGCAACCACAGCAAUUACAACUACAACAAUACCCACAACCGCUGAACCCAUAAUUAUUUUAAAAACUACAUCCAGAGUUGUAACAACUCAAACUACCACGACAACCAUGGCAACAACUGCACCUGCAACAACUGUUCCCAUGACAACUCCCACAUCAACAACAAUUCCCUUAACAACCACAACCCAACCAACAACCAUUGAAACAACGCAACCUCCUGCACCAACUCCUCCCAUGAGCUUCACCUGUCCUUUUGAAGUGAAUCCGGCAGAGCCAAGACCUUCUUACUUCCUGCACCCGUCCAGCAUAAAGAUUCAGGACUGCAAAUCUCACAUGAUGAUCUACACGGCACUGGUGGUAGUAGAGCUGACCUGCAUGUUGGUUCUGGCUAAACUGGUUCUAUCCAUUUACCGCCUGUUGCAGCAGAGGGAGAGGAUGAACCACCGGAUCAAUCUGACUCACUUCUCCUACAGGAGAGAGGUCAUCUUAAGGCCUUUGCAAGAGACCGAAACUCAAGGACUUUGAGCAACACAACAUUUGAGGAAACGCUUCUAUUGAUCUGUAUGAACGCAUGGUAUUAUAUACCAAAACAUAAUUCAAUCAUGUGCACCUGAUUAUUAAAGACUAGAUACAUAACUACUAGUUUUUAUAACGUGAUUUAAUAUUUGUCUAUCAGCCAACAAAGCAUUCAAAUGUUUUAAAUAAGAAAUAAAUGUAUACAAAUGUACAAAAUGUGUCAUUUAUUAGUGAGUUGUAUUUUCAGACAAUCUAUUUUUAUGAGUAAUUAAGAAUAGAAUUUAAAGUCUCACUCAUAUCAUAUUUUGAUCUAUUCUAAAAGUGUUCCCAGUGGUCUUUUAAUUAUGAUUAUGCAGCAGUUUAUGUCAUUUUCUUGGGCGAAGUUUGUGUAUCUUCACAGGAGUUCAUCAGAACUUUGCCUCUGAGUUGUGGGCGGGGCUAUUGGACAGGAAAUAGGCAUCUGCUGAUAUUCCAUCGUCCCUUUGUUUACACUCUCCCUCUAGUUUUCGGAGGUAUCCAGCUGUACCGUUUGAGCCAGAAUACGGCUCAGACGAGGAAAAUGAAGACGUUUAUGGAUCUACUUGUUUGCAAGUGGAUGCAUCAGAAUAGUGAGUGGGAAUGAGAUUUCACGUGCCGCGUCACAAAAGAGAGCUUUUUCAAAGGGCAAGUUUUCAUCUGCCCCCGUUUCAUUCUAAUAUAAAUAAAGAAAUACACAGAUUAAAACAAGUUUUUAGUCUUAAAGUAUUUCUUAUACAUCAUCCACCACCAGAAAAAUGCAACAAGAACAUGUUAAAAUUCAUUUUCACUGGUCUUUAAGAAUAUUUGUGCAAAGGAUUAUGAGGCUGAGAUUUUAAUUUGAAAAGGUUAUCUUCUUGAAAAAUAGAAGUUAAGUACAUCAAUUAAGUCAUUAGAUACUAAAACAGCUAAAAGAACAGAAGGUCAAACUCAUUAACCUCUUUCAUUUGAACAUGCAUGCAGGUAUUUCCAUCUGAGCAAUAAGUUAGACUUAUUUUGUGUUGUUUUCUCCUUCAA